GGGGACUCCAAUGUCACAGUAGAAAGAGAAAGCGAAAGACAGAAGGAAGACUGACGUAUCUUUGUUUAGCGCCACUCAAAGGUUCAGAAAAGCCUUCAUAGAGCAGACAUGGCCUCUGUCACGAGUCUAAUGGCUGAGGAAAAUUUGCUCUGUUCCAUCUGUCUGGGUGUGUUCACUAAACCUGUGUCGAUACCCUGUGGGCACAACUUCUGUCUCGACUGCAUCACAGGCUACUGGGACACUCUUAACGGUUUGUUCCAGUGCCCACUGUGCAAGGAGGAGUUUUGCACCAGACCAAUGCUUCGGGUUAACAUUUUCAUUAAUGAGAUAGCAGCAAAGUUCAAGAAAACUGUUAAAGAAAAGCCUUCCUGUACUCCCAAGACAGCAUGUGAAGAAAAUGUGCUCUGUAGUAUGUGCACUGGGGCACAGCUCCCAGCCUUGAAGUCCUGCUUAGUGUGUUUUAUGUCCUACUGUGAAACACACCUUGAGCCUCAUCAGAGAAUCCCGGCCUUGAAGAAACACAAGCUGAUUGAACCAGUUAAGAACCUGGAGAGCAGGAUAUGCAAGGAUCACCACGAACCUUUGGAGCUGUUUUGUAGGGUGGAUCAAAUGUUUCUAUGCGAGUCCUGUAAAGGCAGUCACAAUAAAACACAUAAGCUGGUGACUCUAGAGGAGGAGGCUCAAAAGAGGAAGACCCAGCUGGAAUCAGAAAAGAAUGACUCGGACAAGAUGAUUCAGGCACGUCAGCAGAAAAUUCUUGAGAUUCAAAAUUCAAUGAAGGCCAGUGAAGAUAAUGCAGAGAAGGCACUGUCUUACAGCAAGCAGGGGAUGACAGCUCUGGUGGACUACAUUAAGAGAAGCCAAGGUGAGCUGACUGAGGUCAUUGAGAUGAAGCAGAGAAAAAAUAAAAUGGAGGGAGAAGGUAUCAUUAAAGAAAUACAGGAAGAAAGUAUGCAAAUGAAGAAGACAAACCUGAAGCUUAAUGAUAUUUUACUAAUCAACGACCCCUUCGCAUUUGUCGAGACGGCUCUUUCUCUUGACAUUACCAUGCCCCAGGUAAAGGACUGGUCUGAUGUGUCUCUUCAAGUUGACCAGUCUACAAUUCAGGGGGCCAUAGCCAAGCUGGAGAGAACAAUCACAACCGAAAUACAGUUUCUGUGUGAUCCCAGCUUUAAAGAAAAGCAGCGGCAUGCCGUAGACGUGACACUGGAUCCCGACACCGCGAACCCCAACCUGUAUGUUUCUGAAGAUGGAAAGCAAGUCACACAUGGAAACCAAAAGCGGCGCAUUGUGGACAAGCCAGAGAGGUUUGAUCAUGUCCUUAAUGUUUUGGCGAAGGAGGGUUUCUCUUCAGGACAAUCUUACUAUGAAGUCCAGAUAAAAGGCAAAACACACUGGGAUUUAGGAGUCGCGAACCAGUCCAUCAACAGGAAGGGCGACAUCAGACUGAGCCCGAAGAACGGAUACUGGACAAUUUGGCUGAGGAAAGGAAAUGAGUUUACAGCCAACACAGGCCCCGCUAUAAAUCUCAGCGUGAGGGAGGUACCUCAGAAGGUUGGGGUGUUCGUUGAUUAUGAUGAAGGUGAGGUUUCCUUUUAUGAUGUGGACGCUAGGGCUCAAAUCUUCUCCUUCACUGGGUGCAACUUCACAGAGACGAUCUUCCCGUUCUUCAGCCCCUGUGCUAAUGAUGGAGGUAAAAAUGCCGCACCCCUGAUCAUCACUCCUGUUGAAUAUCAAGCUAAACAUCUGUGAGAAGGACAUUUUGAGGGGAAGGACUUUAUGGGAAACCCAACAGUGGAACACUGGAAGAGUUUUAUGUGUGCUUCCUUUAGUUUCUCCCAUCUAUCAGUGUCACAAGCUGUAGAUCUCCUAGUACUCAUGUGGCCACCAUUCUUCAUAAAUGUGCAGCGAGAUAAAAAGGAUUUCUCCACAAAUUAUAAUAACAAACUGAAUAACAAACGUUAUUCAGUUAAAAGCAAGUUAAUGAAUGGAUCCGCCACGUACCGCCAUGGCCAUUAAUUAAAAUUUAUCCUGAUGCUGAGAAACUAGGCACGAUAGCGUAAGUAUAUAACAUCAACGUCAGUUGAUGAAUGUGUGAAUUAUUUUUCGCAUUAUCUAAUGAUCACAACACACUUUGCAAUCCAGAAACUAAAAUUAGCAUGAGUUACAAAGCAUCAAUUAACAGCAACAUUUUACACAUUUAAAAUCAGUGCCAAAAUAAUAUGCAAAAUAUCUGAUGAUCUAUUAGUUAAUACCAAUUAAGUAAUCAUUGUCUACUGUUAAAAUAACACAUUUUUAACGAUGUUUAUUUGAGCUCUGAAAAUGUGUAUUUUUUAUUUUGUUGUUAAUGAUCUGAUCGCAGACCUCCGUCUGUGUGCACCGUUCACCGUAAUGUACUCUACUCACACUGGAUAGUGUUAAAGUUUCUGUAGUUUAUAUAUAUAUAUUUUUUUUUAUUGAUAAAAAAUAAAUCAAGUUGCCAAUCAAGUUGCAUGCAGUGUUUACU